AUGUGGCAGCUUUUAGCAGCAGCGUGCUGCGUGCUUCUCCCUGGACCUCUGUAUGGCUACAGGAAAGGAAGCACCACAAACCCUGAAGCUAAUAUGAACAUUAGUCAAAUUAUUUCUUACUGGGGUUAUUCUUAUGAAAAGUAUGAUGUUGUAACAAAGGAUGGCUAUAUCCUUGGAGUUUAUAGAAUUCCUCACGGAAGAGGUUGUCUGAGGGAAACAGCUCUGAAGCCAGUUGUUUAUUUGCAGCACGGCUUAAUUGCCUCUGCCAGUGACUGGAUUUGUAACCUGCCCAACAACAGCUUGGCCUUCCUUCUGGCUGAUGCGGGUUAUGAUGUGUGGUUGGGCAACAGCAGAGGAAACACCUGGUCCAGAAAACACCUGAAAUUGUCACCAGAAUCACCUCGAUAUUGGGCGUUCAGUUUGGAUGAGAUGGCUAAAUAUGACCUUCCAGCCACAAUCAAUCUCAUCUUAGAGAAGACUGCGCAAAAGCAACUCUACUAUGUGGGCCACUCCCAGGGUACCACCAUAGCUUUCAUAGCAUUCUCUACAAAUCCAGAAUUGGCUAAAAGGAUUAAGGUAUUUUUUGCACUGGCUCCAGUUGUCACAGUAAAAUACACCAGAAGUCCUAUGAAAAAACUAACAAACCUUUCCAGGCAAGCUGUCAAGGCAUUGUUUGGUGACAAAAUGUUCUCCACUCACACAUUAUUUGGCCAAUUCAUUGCCACCAAAGUGUGCAACCAGAAGAUUUUCCGUGCUGUGUGCAGUAACUUCAUGUUUACUCUAGGUGGAUUUGAUCCCCAAAACUUAAACACGAGUCGCUUGGAUGUUUAUUUGGCACAGAGCCCUGCAGGAACAUCCGUUCAGAAUAUGCUGCACUGGGCCCAGGCUGUUAAUUCUGGACAACUACAAGCUUUUGACUGGGGCAAUCCUGACCAGAACAUGAUUCACUUCCACCAGCUUUCACCGCCUCUAUACAACAUUACUGAGAUGGAAGUCCCAACAGCAAUAUGGAGUGGUGGACAGGAUAUUGUAGCAGAUGCUAAGGACACUGAAAAUUUACUCCCUAAGGUUUCCAACCUUAUCUAUUAUAAGGUGAUUCCACACUACAAUCAUAUGGAUUUUUACCUUGGAAAAGAUGCACCCUGGGAAGUUUACCAUGACCUAAUUAGACUGAUGAAGGAAUAUUCACAAAAUUAA